AUGGAGGGGGGAACCAGCAAUAAGGACAAGCUGUUCUUUAAGUUAUAUGAGUAUAUAAACAAGUUAGAUAACUUUGCAUGUGAUGAUGCUAGCUUGGAGAAGGAGGGGAGGAAGAAAGUUCUAUACAUUAGUAAGAAGGCAAAGGGGAAGAAAAGAUCUACUGAUGGGAAAGUGACCAAGUCGGAGGUAAAGGGAGAGGGCAGGAGGGCUCAUUCGCCGCAGGGGGCGGAUGACGGCAGCCAGGACGACAGUCAGGACGGUGGUAGUUACACCAUCAGUUGUAGCAGCAGUUACAGCAGUUACGACAGUAGCGGGGAUGAAGCAGAAAGCGCCCUGCACGGUGAAAAAGGGGGACACUCGGGGAAAGCGGAAACUGCGUCUGCCAUCUCCCCGCGGGAUUACCCUCUCAAAGCGGAAAACGAUGAAAAGGGUGGCCCAGUUAAUGUUCACUCGUACGCGCACACCCAGACGAACAAAAAGAAAGAGAAGACAAAGAAAAAAAAAAGAAACACCAUUCAGGGGGGUCACACCCGUCAAAGCAACAUCAUUCAAAGCAGCACCACACGAAGGAACGACCUCCUGUGCGAAAUAGAAAACUACUACGUAAUUGCAAAGCUGAAGAGAAAAAUGGAAGAAUACAAAAGUGUAAACGACAUUAAAAUUAUAAACAGCCAAGGGAAUUGUAAUCUCCUAGGGAUGGCGCAAAAAAUUGAUGGGAUUAUCAACGCAUAUAAAAAGGUUGAGGACGAAUUGGAUAAAGUAGAGAAGAACAAGCAAUUUAUUUACGAUACUUUUUAUUCAAUUUUUUUGAACUAUUAUUCGAGGUAUGAAGAAUUGAAAUUAAUAAAGGGGAAUAAACGAAGAGUAGAACGCCACUUGAAAUUUUACACCAACGUUGACCAUUUCGAGAAGGUACUCAACCAUAUGGAGAAAAACGAGUAUGCUUAUUUUAUUGAAAUGCAUAAUAAUUCUUUGCAGAAAAGUGCAGGGAAGGAAUGUUCCGGGGAGGUGCUUAAGUCGGACGAGCAGAGUGAUUAUGAUGAGAGCGAGACAGUCUCGGGGGAUGAAGAAGGACAGGCAGAAAUGGACAAUUUGGCCGGGGAAGAUAUACAGAACUGGGUAACUUCAUACGGCACGGAAGGGGGGGACACAGUAUGUGAGGAAAACAAGGCGGAGGAUGAAGGGAGCCACGAAAUUGAUAACUACUUACUUAGUGAAUCGGAGAAGGAGGAAGAGGUAAACUUCCCUGUCGGAGGAUAUGCUACCCAGAGGGGGCAACAUCACGAUGAAGAUGCAGUUCAAGGGGGUACACAUAAUGGUGGUAGCGAAACGGAACGAAUUUCGUUGGACGAAAAAGCAGGAGUUGACGCAAAAUGGGUGAGUAACAAGUACGUCGUACAGCGUCCCAGCGGAGGGGUUGGCUUAAUUGGGGGCAACCCCCUCCAGGGUAAACUGCGCGGUCGUAUCUGGUGGGCGAAAAAGAUGAAAAGGAGCUCAGGAGGUGGGAUAUCAAAUGGGGUAGCAACGAGUGGGGAGGCCCCUUCUGACGCCGCAAAGCAGCCCCACCGUGGCAAAACCAAACGGCCGAGCGAGAACGAAAUUUGUCAAAUGUUGCAGUUUUCCGAAAAGGCCAUAAAGUUCUUCAAGAAAAAUGGCACCUAUUUACACGCCAGGGCUAAAUUGACCAAAUAUCAGUCCAUCAUAAGGCGUAUUUUGAAAUAUGUGAUUAAUUUGUUCAGGGACGUUUUAAACAACGCAGAGUUGAACAUACCCUGUGGUAGAGGGGGGGAGAAUUUGCCCUUCUAUGGUAUCUCGUCGGGGGAGUUAAGCUGUAGGGGGUAUUGGUGGGAUGGCAGUAGCCUGAGCAGAGAAAACCCCCUUUGGGGAAAGCAUCCCUCGGCUGAUAAAACUUACAAUUCCCUGAGCGAAAAAAGACUACCUGAGGAAGACAACCAUAUGAACAAUUUCAAAUGUGACGAUAUGAAGGACACCCCAGAAUGCACAAAUAAUGAGAAGGACGAACCGAAACCCACGCAGCAGGGUGAGAUAGCCAAUUUGACGGAGGGGCAAAACCUCUCUUCCGCAGAGGACGAAAUGGAGGAUAAUCCACUCUACAAAAACAUAAGCAUGAUCUAUUUUAGCAAGUAUAUAAAUGAGGUGGAGUACUACAAGAAGUUUAAAAUAAAGUGCAGCUGCAUGCGAGAUGUAAUAUUCUUCAUUUAUGAAAAGUCCCUCUUGGAUGAAAAUAAUUUGUACACAGAGGAAUAUAACAAACUGGAGAAUUUCUACGUAAGUACAAGGGUAAAGCUACUGAACAGUCAUGUGCUAAGCAGUAAUGUCCUGAGCAAUUUUGAGUACCUACUGAAGAGUGACAUUUGCAAGUAUAUAAAGAAUAUCUGCUUGCUAGCAAUGUACGUGUCUAAAUUGGAGGUGGACUUGUACACACACAUAUUCAAUAACAACCUGAACAAUUCCGUGAACAUUAUUUUAAAUAACAUUGGGGUGUGCAUUUUUGAUUGCAUACAUGAUUGCAUCCAGCAGCUUAACAACAUACAGUUGAUAAGAAAAAUUAUCCGAACCAUUUAUGUGGACAUUAUCGAUACGUAUAGUGAUAAUUCGUACAGGGUCAUUUGUGAUUACUUAAAAAAAAUUUGUAAAAUUUUGAAGGAAAAAUUACUCUACGUGAUAGAGAUAUACAUUUCGUAUUACACCAAAAAUACCAGUGCUACUUUGCCCUAUGUGUGCUUCUACCCGCUCAGGAAAAAAUUUAUCAACAUGGUGAACAAUUUUUUGUAUGAUGAAUAUCUCCUCACGGGGGAUGUGCAUACUAAGGGGGAGCAAAACGAACAGGUGAAUAGCUUGUUUUCCUUCACUGAGAGUAAUCACCCCAUUGGUGAGUGCGUACCAUCGGGGGAUAAAUCCGAACCAGUGCGUAGUUUUGACAAUUGCGAGGAGGGGAACCCAAUAAGUGGGGACCCUCACAAGGUAGAUGAUCCAUCCAGAGAGAGCAUAAGCAGUGUAAACAACAUUGAAAGUGGGAAUAGCGCUGAAAGCGUGGACAGUCGGGACAGUUUGGAAAGCUUCCCCAGCGGAACAUACUCAAAGCAGAGAAAAUGCAACGGGAACGUGCUGAAUGAGAAGAAUGUAUACAAGCCGUUUUCCUUCCACGGGUUCCAAUUUAAUAAGGAUACCAAAUUCGGCCUCCGCGGUAUAGACCUAAACAUUAUUGGUACCAUCCUAAUUCUGAAGACGAUACAUUUUAUAAUCGACGAAGAGACGCUGCUGGAGCUGUUCAGGGAGUGUCUGGAAAAUAGCUUCAACUCCAUAACAUGCAUUUAUAAGGAGCACAUGAAAAAUCAUCCUCAGGACAUGUUUAAUGGCGCUCUUUAUUUAAUCAAGAAUUUGAGUCUUUUGCUAUAUUUGUUUUACAAAGUUACGAAGGAUGGUGAGUUUUUCCGCUUUUACCUGCACAGCGGAUUGACUGAACAACUCCUCUUUGGGGAAUCUCCAAAAGAGUGGAUAAUGGAAAGCCACAGUAGCAGCGGGAAAAAGGAAGGCGACAAAGUGGGGGCCGAAAAUGAAAACUCCAUUUUGUGCUUUUUCAAAAGGGUGUACAAUAUGUCUUCACAGGACGACGUGCAGAACAGAAUCCUGGCCACCUUCAACGAUGCCAUUUAUAACUUUACCGUAGCGACUGUGUCAAGGGUUUGUUCGCCCUUGAUUAAAAUACUAUCCAUGGAGUACAAAGAAAGUGCGCUUGAAAAGGAGGAAGAAAUUAAAAAAACGACUCACGAUUUUUUGAAUGCAAAAAGGAGUUGCCAGUCAGAUUUGCAAUUCGGACAGGAGAAAAUGGACUUCUCCUUUUUGCGCGAAAUAAACUUUGACUUGUUAAAGGAGUACGCAGAAAAGGUUAACAACGUGACCAAUGAAGAACCACCCAACUGCUCCAACCUGGAUGACGUAAAAAAAAACCUCCAAUCGUUUAAGCAAAACGUUUGUAACCUCUUUCCGAGGAUAUAUUUUUACGUGAAGUUAUUUAUUUGCUCCAAUACGGAAAAGCCAGACGAGAAUGACUUUUUCCCCGGACUGUUUGCCCACAUCGUGGGUCUCCUGACGUACAAGAUGAUCGGCCUGCUCAGCGAGGUGUACCUCAUCAUGCGGCUCAAGUAUGCACACCAAGUGGAAGCCAUAUUUGAAGAGAACUACGUCAACGACAUUUUCCUCUUCCUGAAUUCGAGCGAACAGUACGUCUGCUCCUUUUCGGACAUCCACCAGUACUUCGACACAAACAAGAAUUACAACCUUUGGGGGGAGUAA